CGAUAGAAUUGUAUUCUAGGCAACUCAUAUUCCAGAUUUUUGGCGGUUUCACUCAUGGUUGGUACCUCAUUGUGUGUAACUUCUAUUUCCGGGGUUCAAUGUAUAUUUUCACAGCUACACGAGCGACAAUGGCUCCUGAAUUGUUAUGUAACUCGAGAAAAGGGGGGAAAUCACCUCUCGCUACUUUUUAAUCUCAACAGUGUCAGCAAACCGAUUGUCUGGUAUAGUACUUUGGAAUUUUUAUUCUUUCGAGAUGGCAGAGGCGAAAGAGGAGCGAUCAUCACGUGCCAUCUCCCAGUUCAAGGCGACAAGGCGACAAGGCAGCAUGGCAACAAGAUCAUGCCGUAUGGGGUUAGCGUCGAUUGUGUUAUUUCCGAGAGCUUCGGCCUCAGACUCUGCCAAGUCCCUCUUGCCAACCUUUUAUGUCUGAUGAAUCCAAUCCCUGGCGAGAUGGGUGACUGAUAAGUCUUCCUUUUCGUCCAGAUAAAAAGUGACUUAAUAUGGUUGUUUAUUUGUAUGCUUAUCAAUAGGAUGAUGAUGCAUGGUCUAUUCUCCAACCCAAAACUCCGGUUGAUGAUAACCGCAACGCGCAUAAAUGCAGUCCAGUCCUCGAGUCGCUUGAUAAAGCACACGAGGCUUGUCUCCAACUGAACUUUGAUUGUGCUUAUCAACAAAACAUUGAUGGAGCUGCGACUGUCACG